AUGGCUCCUAAAUCCAAAGCCCGCCUCACCCCCUCCACCAAAUCCACCACCACCAGCUCCUCAUCCCCACCACACCCCUUCAAACCCGCCCCCGCCGCCCUCCAACCCUUCUGCGCCACGCUCCCGCCCGGCCAUGUCUACAUCACGCACGUGGACCCGCGGCCGUCCGCCGCCAAGCGCAAGCUGUUCCUGAUCCCCAUCGGCAUCAACCUGACGGUGAUCGCGCUGUUCGUGUGGCGGGUCGCGCACAUCACGCCCUACUACCUCGCGCUGGCCAUGUCGAUGCUGGGGCACAGCAACGAAACCACCCUGCAGACCGCCGACCUGACGUGGGCGGAGCUGGGGUGGGCGGUUGCGCGGCGCGCGGCGACGUUCCUGCUGGAUUUCGUGCUGGGCGUGUUUGUGUGGCCGUGGCCGUACGAGUUCUUUGUGGGCACCACGGGGCGUGGUAGUCCCGUUGCUUGGCGCUGGGCGGUCGGGUUCCGGGAUCGUGAGGUCUAUGUGCGUCGGAGUCGGGAUGGGUGGGAUGGGGUGCUGCGCAAGGAGAAGGUGGAUUUGUUUGAUUCCGAGGCGGCUGAGGCGAGGGAGGGCCGGGAUGCGAUCUUGUCGCGGGUGAGGACGGCGACGGCGCCCAUGUUUAUGCAGCAGAAGACGGGGUAUUUGACGAUGAAUGGGGAGUGGGAUUUGGAUUGGAGGGGGAUGGUGGAUGCGACGCGGCUGGUGGAUUCGAAGGAGAUCGCGCUGGAGGCGUUCGGGACGGUGGUGUUGUUGCACCAUGCGAAGUUUGGUUGGGUGAGCGUGGAUUUGGGGAAUGGUGAUAAUGCGGAACAGGACGAGAGGCGGCGACAGGUGAUGGCUUUCAGGGAUGCUCUCGCGGCGCUGGGGAAGGAAGACCUGUUCUUCCGGUGGGUGGAGAUGAUUCAGUUCGAGACCGACCAGCCGGGUGGGUUCACAAGGGAGAAGCAGGUUGUGGCCGCGCAAAAGAUUCGGGACAUGUUCAAGACCAACGGGGUGGAUUUUGAUGGCCUUUGGAAGGAGGCCGUGGGUACGGAUGGGCUGGCCGGAAGAGUAAAUAUUAAAAGCGGACUUUCCGCGGUGCGUUCGCAGAAUGCGCUGGUACAGGCAGCAAGAGAUUUAGAGGUAAGGUACUAUCCUACGACGUGA